AUGCGGAUAAAGCAAGUGAUUAGGGAGAAAGAGCAGGGCAGUUUGGCCUUUUUACAUGAUAAAGAUUUUUUAUUUUACGAAAUACUGUUCAUCCACUGCUCCUCUCCUUCUCCUCUUCGCGAGGCCGCCACCACCAGGAAGGAGGGCUUGUUGGGCUUACCUCCGCCACCCCUCCACUUCUUCCUCUCAUCCUCUCGCGCUCCUCUCCAGCGCUGCCAUAGCCACGAGGCACCUCCUCAGUCGACCGCCAUCUCUUACAGUGGUCGCCGCCGCCCCUUCCAGCAGGUGCCUACGCCUCCAGCAAGUGCUGCAGGCUCCAGUGGGCAACGCCUUCGCCUCUGGCCAGAGCCACCUGUUCCAUGGAUUGCCGGCGACGCCUCUAGAAGCCGCCACCACCGUCGAGUCCCGCGACCACCGCUGAGUCCAGCAGUCGCCAUCGCUAGGCCUAGCAGCCACUACUGCCGCCUACAGCGACGGCUGCCGCCACUGCCAUCGCAGCCACCUCCAGCGAUUGUCAUCACCGCCUACAGCGGCUGUUGCCGCCUCCACCGGUUCCCACCUCUGAUGUCACCUCCAGUGACAACCACUAGCCGGCCCCCGACCUCCAUGCCUGCGUGCCGUGUGACGGCCUACGAGCCGCUAUCACAUCCUUCCUACGUGUCGUCUCUUUGGACCCCGACUGCAUCAGAUUCCAUGUCGCCGCCCUCAGAUCCAGCUCCUCAGCUGACUCACAUCCAUCUGCUUGUCAGGGUCGCGACUACUUGGUCAGUACCGCGAUCAGCUUACCGAUCCAUCCGAGGGCGGCCCCCGGGGCCAGGUCUCCUCCCGCCUCCGACGCCACUGUUGCCUUUCCCCUUCACGCGAGCCGCUGGCUACACUAGCCUCCACUUCUUCCUCUCUCCCUCUCGUGCUCCUCUCCAGCGCUGCCAUAGCCACGGAGCACCUCCUCAGUCGACCGCCAUCUCCUACAGUGGUCGCCGCCCCUUCCAGCAGGUGCCUACGCCUCCAGCGAGCGCUGCAGGCUCCAGUGGGAACCGCCUUCACCUCUGGCCAGAGCCACCUGUUCCACCGGUUGCCGGCGACGCCUCUAGCAACCGCCACCGCCGUCGAGUCCCGCGACCACCGCUGAGUCCAGCAGUCGCUGUCGCUAGGCCUAGCAGCCACCACUGUCGUCUACAGCAACUGAUGUCGCCACUGCCAUCGCAGUCGCCUCCAGCGGUUGUCAUCACCGCCUACAACGGCUGUCGCCGCCUCCGCCGACUCCCACCUCCGAUGUCACCUCUAGAGACAACCACUAGCCGACCCCCGACCUCCAUGGUUUGUAUUAUGCUUUGCGUGUUGUAUUCCGGCCAUCGAGCCGUUGAGUUAGUGACAUUAUACAGCCUGCGUGACGUGUGA